GCAACAUAAAAGGACAAAAUAAAGAGUGGAAAAUGAUAGAUAAAGUGAAAGGAAUUGAAGAGAGAAAUAAAAUAAUAAAUAUAGCAGAAAAUGGAUGUAUGAGAAUAACUCGUUUUGUAAUACAAUAAGGGUAAACAAUGUUUGAACUUGAAAUCUUUGGUAAAUUACACAAACUCCCACUAGAGUUUGCAUCAAUUGGGUGAAAGAGACUUAAUAAUGACACAUUAGCAGAGUCUUCUAGAGAUUGAUCAUGAACUUAAACAUUUUUCUCUUUGAUGUUUAACAGUGCUGUCUCUGACAUAAUUACGUCCUAUAAUCCUUAAACUGAAAUUAUGUCAAUGACUAUGAGCUGCUUUUGCUUGAAGAAAGCUAGACCAAAGACUAAGCUAGAACUAUCCACCGUUCUUGCUUCGGAAACAUCCUUUACUGUGAAUGAGAUUGAGGCUUUGCUUUGCUCGUUUAAGAAACUAAGUAGUGCAAUUGUUGAUGAUGACUUCCUUCACAAGGAGGAGUUCCAUCUUGCACUUUUUAAUAAUGAUAGCAAGCAGAAUCUAUUUGCAGAUAGGGUAUUUGAUAUGUUUGACAUCAAGCGUGAUGGAGUAAUUAGCUUUGGGGAGUUUGUUCGCUCGCUGAGUAUCUUUCAUCCAAAUGCCUCUGAAGAGAAGAAAAUUGAAUUUGCAUUUAGAUUGUUUGACCUUACACAGAGUGGAUACAUUGAGCAUCACGAGUUGAAGGAAAUGGUGUUGGCUGCUCUCACUGAAUCAGAUGUUACAGUUCCCGAUGAUGUUGUUGAAGCAAUUGUGUACAGGACAAUGCUGGAGGUUGAUUCAAAAGGAGAUGGUAAGAUAGAUAACGAAGAGUGGAGAGAUUACGUGACACAAAAUCCUUCUCUUCUGAAGAUCAUGACUCUACCCUUUCUAAAGGAUAUAACCCUCGCAUUUCCCAGCUUUAUUUUGAACACUGAGAUGGAAGACUAGCUAUACUAGGCAGCCACACUUGCUCCUUGAAUACAUUGUAUAAUAUGUUGAAAACACCAACCCGUCCCGUGUUCACUGCUUCAAAGACAGAAAAAUUAUAUAGUACUAGGAAAGAUUUUCAUACUGAUAUCGAGAAACACUCUCAGUGUGGCCAAAAAACAAUUGUAUC